AAUCCACUGUUGACGAAAACGGGUCUUGUGCUGAACGCUGAAAUCGUCCUGAUCGUAAUGGAGUGCUUUUCCCUAAGAAAACCAUUCUCUGCAAACUACGAACUGGCCCGCGAUUGCUCCAACGGUAUAUUCUGCCGACUGUGCUUCCGGCAGAACCACGAGCUGCAUCGCAUCUUCCCGUCAAACGACACCCCCAACCAGAUGUUGCUCCUCAAGAUCGAGUACUGCACCGGCAUCGGGCUGAACUUUGCCACCGACAGCAACGCGGUCAUCUGCGCCAAGUGCAUCGGACGGACGGAAAAACUGUUCCGGUUUAAGCAGCUGUGCGCCGCUAACGAGCGGUGGCUGAAAAUGGACUCCGCGGGUGAUCAUGAAGUGUCCUCGGAUUUCUUGAGAAUCGCGAUGAUGUCGCCAACGACGGUGGUCGAGGAAAGGAUGAAGAGGUCGGACAGUUGCGGGUCACUGCUGACCAUUGGAACGGAACAGCUUGAAGAGGACGAUCCAGACUGUGGUGAAGAGCUGGCGAAGCAAGAAAUAACCAAAGAAGAGAGCAUCGUCGAUGAAACGCAACAGGUAACUAGCACCGAGAGCUGCACGCGACCUCGUAGAAGGGCCACAACCCGGCCUGCACCGGAAACUCUGUCAUCAACGGCUUUUUCGUUCAUCGCCGGAACGAAGAGUCGCAGCGGGCGACGCUACCUGGUGUACAAGGGCUAUCACUACAGUGACUACCAGAGCAAGAAGAACGUCUACCGGUGUACUCGACGGGCGCCCGUUUAUUGCCGCGCCAUGGUACUGCUGAGGGACGAUCGAGUGUACGAAAUAAACGACAACAGCCACGAUCAUCCGAUGCCGCGGAGAAGUUGGUCCCUUCUAACCACUACCUCUAAAGUGUGAGAAAUUGUGCGACUUUGUGAACUUAUAGUAACCAUCGAUGUGCAACCUGAGCUGCACUGCCAAGGGAUUAAAGUGAUUUUUUUUUAAUUUUUGCUUUACUUGCAAUAGCAGAUACUCGUCGAAAGCCAUAUUGAGAAAAAGUUACAAUUUUAAAAAAAAUACCCAAUGCAAUUAAUUAUUAAUAAUUAAAUUAACAUUAUUUGCCAAAAAAUGUUUUUUUAGGUUCUACCCAACUGGCC